AUGUCUGGGGCCGAGUCUGCUGAUGAUGUCGACAUCGACCAGAUGUGGAGGGAAACUGAAGUUGAAUUCCAGAACUUGAGUGGAAACAGCACAAAGGGCCUGAAACAACUUUCCGUCGAAGAAGUUCUUGCCAGCCUUCAGCAGAAGAAAGAGGCGGAUGCGAAAACUAACGCAAGAUAUGCAAGGGUGAAAAAUGCUGUGGAUAAGACGCUUGUUUGUAUCCAAACGCUGGGGUCAUUCGCUGCCUCCAUUGCUUCAAAUUUUUUCGGACCCUCAAAUCUUUGUUUUAGUGCUGUUUCCAUGUUAAUAACAGCAUCCCAAAAGUAUUCCAAAAUAUUUGAUGGUCUCUCGGAGCUCUUUGAGCGUAUUUCAACAUUCUUAGACAGAUUCGAAAUUUAUGCAAGAGCGAAGGUGGUUGGUGUUAAAAUUGACCCUCAUCUAAGGAGAAUUAUUCAUGACUUGCUGCGCAGUUUCGUGCGCAUUUGCGCCCUGUCCAUUAAGAUAUCAAAACAUUCAAAGGUUCUUCUGGCCCUUGAAGUAUUCAGUUUUGGAAGCGACAAGGGUGUUUCAGCAGAACUCAGCAAGCUUGAAACACUUGUACAAAAUGAAACCAAAAUGAGCAUUGCUUUAAUUCUGGAAUCCGCAAAGAUUAGUGAAGGAAAGAUAACUGCUGGCUUUUCUGAUGUCAAGUCAUCAAUUGGAAUCAUGGAUUCAAAGCUAGACAAUAUUGAUGGACACAUGGAAAACGUCUCCUCCUUCCUAGAGAAAUACGACCUUGCCGAAAGACGCAAAGAUCAAGAAGGAUUAAGUCAACAACGAGAAGACAAGAUCAAAGCCGCCCUGAAAAUUGAUAAAGAAAUAUGGAGGACCUAUCAGGAAGACUAUAUGAGCAACAUAGUCCCAGGCACCGGCCAGUGGCUUCUCAAUGAUCCUCAGUUUUCGGCCUGGACAAACCCCAACACCAAAACUCAGCCCAUCAUUGGCCUCAAAGCAAAGGAAGGAUAUGGGAAAAGUUAUCUAUCCUCUGCUGCAAUCAGACAUCUAUACCGGCUUUACCCCCCAGGAAAUCAGGACACCCGGAUGUCUGUUGCCUACUACUUCUUUGGGGGAACUGCCUUACAGUCUACGGAAAAAUCUGUAAAUACUGCUCUCAGAUCGAUUGUCUGGCAACUUACACAGAAUGACGCAGUAUAUCAAAAGAAUGUCGCGUCAGUGUGCGACAAACCGGAAGAGUUUGGAAACUCCUUAGAGCUUUGGAAACAGCUCGUCGUCAACUUCUCUCUAAAGACCAACGCUGUUUUCUAUAUUGUGCUGGAUGGUAUCGAAGAGCUGGAUACCGAAAUUGGAAAGCCUCUGGUCGAGGUCUUCCGUGACAUAUCACUCAUGGCAAAUGAGGGUAUGAUGACGGUUAGGCUGUUCAUAACUGGAAGGCCCACCAUCUUCGCCGAAGCCGAGACAGCACCCGGGGUUUCUCUCUCUACGAUUGAGCUUGGAACUCGCAAUAAAGAGGACAUUGAAAUAUUUAUUGAAAUGCGAAUGGAUAAUAUGGAAGUCCUCAAAAACAAGGAGAAGCAAGAGAUCAAGGAACUGAGAAGUCUAGUCAAAACCGGCCUUGCGAACGGUAGCCAGGGAGACUACUUCCAGUUAAAUUACCUAUUGACGGAGAUCAGUAAAAAACGGAGAAAAAAGGAGAUCCAAGAGGUUUUGGAGCAUGCUGGCGAGGACCGAGAGGCCACAAUCGCCCGUGAAAUUGACCAACUGAACCAUACCCUCGGAUAUGAAGAUAUUCAGGAUCUGGUGGAAAUACUUGGCUGGGUAAUGGGUUCGAAACGCGCUCCUUUCCUUAAAACACUUGAAGGCGUUCUUUUAAUUAAGAACGGUGAGGGCUCACUUAUGCCACUGGAAGAGCAAGUCCGGAAUAAAUAUUCUUCAUUACUUGAGAUAGCAGAAUAUGACUCGGUGAUACUACGCUCCAAGGCUAUCGGUGAAUUUUUCAGGAAACAGACAAAAGAGGAAACAAAAGAAGAAGUUGCAAGGACUGAGCUACACCCAGCAGAAAUUGCUAUUGUGAAAAGAUUUCUUAACAGCGUCUGUGAUAAAGAAUUAUUCGAUAAAUUCGGAUUUGAAGAAUUUUUUAAGUCGAAACUUGGGGCUAAAGCUGCUUCAAUCCGUGUGAAUAUGGAAACCCUGAAGGUCCACACUGUACUUGUUGGUAUGAAAUCUGUGGCGAACGAGAGGGAUGAAGAGCUGCAAUCUCUGAGGAAUUCACAUUUCUACUUUUUCCAAGAUUACUUGGAUGAAAUUGACCUGGCACUUACGCAGCCUGCGCCGAAAACUGAAAUUGGUUCAUACCUUAUCAAGCACUUCACCGAUGAGGCAUAUAUGAAAGUCUGGUGGGUUGAGGACCCAAAGAAAUGGCUGCAAACAGUGAACUGGGAGACACGGGAGCCAUUUUUGUGGCUGCUUGGAUAUGUAACUAAGAUAAAAGAACGUAAAGGAGAAGGUAAGCGGGUUACAGAAGAUGUUUCGCCCACAUUAGAACAAAUUUAUGACGUGGAGGAAUGGGCAAAAUCCGAAUUGGAUGUUUCCACAGCCGAUUCGUUAUGGGAGGUGCAGAUGGCAAUUACUCUCCACCUGUUUGGAUUUUAUCAGGAAUCCAUUGAUAAGUGCAUUAUUUCUCGCGACCUGGACGCUUCCAAUUGGCGUGCCUCUUAUAUUCAAGCGGAGUCAUAUUGGGAAAUGGAUGAUACUCACGCCUCGCUUGAACUUAUAAGGCCUGUGAUGGAAAGGUUCAGGAAUGAGGAAGAGUUAAGAGUCGAAUACGAAGACAAGUUUUAUCUUGGAGUCCUCGCCUUCUACGGAGUGUGGAAUACCGAUAUCAAGGAGUACGACAAAGCAACAGCCGCCUUCCAAGAAAUUCAUGAACAUGAUAUGGAUCAAUACGCGCCGAUUUAUUGGACUUUGGAAUUACUAGAAAAACAGGAAAAAUACACAGAAAUCAUGGAAACUCUCCAGGAUUUAAAGGGAAAAAAAAAUAGUAAGGGCCAAACUCGCCUGGCAGCGAUGCAUCACCAAUACGCAAAUAAGGAUGAGUACUUCACAAGAUUGAAUGUAGCUGGAUAUCAUUCCAACAGCAUUGAUGUUGUUCGUGAUUCUCUUUACGAGUCAUUGGCAGCGGAAAACACUGUGGCAGUGAUUCCAUAUGUUACCUCAUGGCUUAAUCACUUUCUCGCUCGUGUGCUGUACCAUUAUCCGAGGUCUGAUGCUGAUAAAGCAGAAGCUAUCAAAAUAUGGGCGCAUAUCGUGGAUAAAUCUGCCCGCAAAAUAUACCUCACAACUGAAGCGGAUUAUCUUGAGGCUACCACUGAAAAGUUAGGGGAGGUAUAUCUUCACCAAGCAAUAGACGCUGGAAUCGACACGCCAGAUGCCGAGGAAAAUUUGAAGAAAUUAAUGAACUUGGGCCCCGGCGAAAACGACACGUCUAGCCUGUUCAGUAGCCAGAAUUUGAAAUUCGCUAUCGCCCGUUUGCAGUAUCUUCUAGGCCAAAAGGAGAAAGCGAUAGAAACCUUGAGAGGCUAUGUCAAGGUAGCUCUGGACUUGCUAUGUGAUGAUGAUGAUAGUAAUGACUGGGAUGCUUUCCUGAGACUAACGUCUGUGGCCCAUGUUUGCGACGACGCCAAUGCUCUCGCUGCUUGGUCUCUGCUUAGCCCAUCUGAACCUACAGAAGAGGCAGAAGGCAAAGCUGGCGAGCCUUCUCCUAACGAAACCACUGAAAAGGAAGAGAGCAGUGAGGUUAAUGAUUGCAAGGAGCAACCAGACGUGGAUGCGAACGGAGGAUCUGCCGCACCUGAAGUAUUAAAUGAGGAAGUGAACGAAGUCAAAGAAGCUCAAGUCAUGGAGAUAGAGGUCAAAGAAACGGAGGUGAAAGUGGUUGCAGACGUAACAGAGCUGGAAACGACCGUGGUAGGGGCAGGAGAGGGUAAUAAUAACGAGCAAAAGAAUGAGAUGGAGGAUCGAGACGGGGAGCAGAGGCAACAGAAUCAAGAAGAUGACAACAAAGAGGAAAACGAGGACGAUGGCAAUGACAAGUUAUCAGGCCCCUUGGAGAUGAGAUGCGAUGGUGACUGUGGAAAGCAGUGGACUUAUGCGGACAAUUUCUAUGCCUGCAGAGACUGCUUAGAUGUGCAAUUUUGCCACCCCUGUUUUACCACGUUGAAGGCUGGUGUUGUGGACCUGAAGGUAUGCCGCAAAAAUCAUGAAUUCCUACAUGUUCCCCCCUGGAAUGCAGAGGUUGCCAAGGAAGUACCCAAGGGAUCUAUUCGGGUUGGAGAGGAAAUCAUCAUGAUCUCUGACUGGGUGCAGCGAAUGCGGGUGCAAUGGGGGAUUACAGUGGAAGAAGUCAAGGCGGAGCCAAGCGAGGAGACGUCUACUUCAUGA